CUAUCAUUCAAACCAAUCUCCCUCUAUCUUUUCUCCCCAAAAAAACCACAUAAAAAUAAAAACACUGCACAACUUCUUUUCAUAAUGUCACCCACUGUUUCUCUAUCAACUGGUUCUCCCAUCCAUUCAAAAAUGAACGCUGUAAACACUGCUCCCAAUGCUGAGCAGCAAGUGGUUUCUGCGGAUCUGGCAUCCAAGAGUCAUUACCAUAAUGAAGGUACUGCUAUGCAUACCACCACUCGCAAGGCUCUCGGCGUCCAUGGCCUUUCACCAUCCCGCAUUGAGAGCUUGGAAAUCCAAAAGCGAAGAGCUAUGUCCCAACUUCGAUCCAAGCACACUAUGCUCGAGAAGUACAUAUUCAUGGCUCAAAUGCGAAAUACCAACAUCCGUCUCUUUUACAAGAUUGUUUGUGAUGAACUAGAGGAGUUGGCUCCAGUUAUCUACACCCCUACUGUUGGCCAUGCUUGUGUUGAAUGGUCCAAUAUUUAUCCUUUCCUUGCCCCACCUGGUACACCCGAUGGUCUCUACCUGACACAAGCCGAUCUGCCAAACAUUAAGGAAGUCAUCCGAAAUUACCGUCCCUUCCCUGCCGACCCCAAUCCGUUCUCCCCACAGAUUGCUGUUAUCUCGGAUGGCUCCCGUAUUUUGGGUCUCGGUGAUCUUGGUGUGAACGGUAUGGGUAUUCCUAUUGGCAAGCUUCAGCUCUAUGUCGCUGGUGCCGGUAUUGACCCUAGACGCACCUUGCCCAUCAUGCUUGACUUGGGAACCAACAACGAAAAGUUCAUUAAUGACGACUUCUACCUGGGUGUCCGCAGCAAGCGUCCUGAAGACGAUACUUUCUACAAGGCUGUUGAUCAAGUUCUUUCCGCUCUCUAUAGCGAAUUCCCAGAAUUGCUUGUUCAAUUUGAGGAUUGGUCUUCCGAACAUGCCUUUGGCUUGCUUGAGAAAUACCAGUACAACACCUUCUGCUUCAACGACGAUAUCCAAGGUACUGGUGCUGUCAUUCUCUCUGGUUUAAUGAACGCAUACAAAAUUGUUGCCCGCGAGGACAAUGUCCAGGCCAAGGAUCAGCGCAUUGUCUUCUUUGGUGCUGGUUCUGCUGGUAUUGGUGUUGCAAAGCAAAUCAAGGACUAUUUCGUGAUUGAACAUGGUUUCACUGAGGAAGAGGCUCGCAAGGUGUUCUAUAUUGUUGAUUCCAAGGGUCUGAUUACCAAUGAUCGUGGUGACAGAUUGGCUGAGCACAAGAAGUACUUUAGCCGUGAUGACAACAAUGGCCAACAAUUCAAGGAUUUGCUUGAAAUCAUCAACUAUGUCAAGCCUACUACCCUUAUUGGUCUUUCAUCUCAACCCCAAACUUUCACUGAACCCAUCUUGCGCCGCAUGGCUGAGCUUAACAAGCAACCCAUUGUUUUCCCCUUGUCCAACCCCAGCACUCAAGCAGAAUGUACCUUUGCUCAAGCCAUGGAAUUCACCGAGAACCGUGUGCUCUUUGCGUCCGGAACUGCUUUCCCUGUCUAUACCGUUCCGCAAACAGGUGAAGUCAAGAUCCCUGGCCAGGGUAACAACUUUUAUAUCUUCCCUGGUCUUGGUCUUGGUGCCUCCGUUGCCAAGCCUGCUCACAUCACCGACAACAUGGUUUACCAAUCUGCUGCCGCUCUUGCUGAAUGCUUGACCGAUGAGGAGAAGGCUCAACGUCGUCUGUAUCCUGACUUGAAGCGCAUCAGACAAAUCAGUGCCGAAGUUGCUGCUGCUGUCUGCAUUGAUGCUGUCAAGGAAGGUCUUGCUCGUAACAAGGACAUUGAAUUGGUUGUACAAGACCGACAAAAGCUUAUUGAAUAUGUCAUGGAACGCAUGUGGACUCCUGAAUCCGAUGGCUAUGGUGCUGAGAAGAGCAUCAGCAAAAUCUAAAUCGUCCCACGUGUGCGUGCGAAGCUUCAACAACGUAAAUCUGCAUUGCAUCUCUAUGGCAACUCUAUUCAGUUCCGUUCCCCAUACCGUAACCCUACAAAUUCAUAGGCUGUUGCGCUUGUAAAAAAAAAUUCAAACAGAUAACAAACCCAACAUUUCCCCCCAAUCUAUCACCUCUGUUUUUGCUUGUAUCAUUUCGUUACCACCAAUUAAAUAUCAAACUUUCAAACAUGGCCUACUUGCCAUCUACCUACCUCAUGCUUAUGAAACAACACAAAUGGAAAUAAUUUCGGCAGUGCUCCACUAAUUUCAAUAGUGCAAAAGGGGCUUCAGUACACGUUCCCAAGGGGAUC